CGACUGAGGGGAAGACACUUGGACAGAAAAGUCGUUCGGGGCAAGGUAAUGGCGGGAGCGGGGCCAUGUUUGUUCUGUCAGAUCGCUCGUUCCUCCACCUCUACGCAACUCCUUCACUCCGAUGAGAAGGUCGUAGCCUUUCAAGAUAUCAAUCCUUCCGCAUUCAGGCAUUACCUGGUCAUUCCUGUGGAGCAUAUUUCAACAGUCAAAGACCUCCAAAGGAGAAUGGACGAUUAUCAAUUGGUGAGCCAUAUGUUGGACGUGGGACAAAUUCUACUACACAGAGAUGCACCAGACUCCAAGCAGUACCGAUUUGGCUUUCAUCAGCCUCCAUUUAAUAGUGUUAACCACCUCCAUCUCCAUUGUUUAGCACUUCCCUUCAUACCCGGAUGGAAAUCUAUAAAGUACACUUCUCUAGGACCCUUUGGUGGAUUCAUCGAGGCUGAGAAGUUGCUGGAGAAGCUAAAGCCAAAAGCAUCUAACUAGUUGUAAAUAUGAUAGUGUGACGGUGCUUCUGUAGCUUGUGUAGGCAUAAAACUGGACUUUACCCACAUUCAAAUUGUGAGUUUGUUUUGAGUCUUUUGACCUGAUUCUUGGAAACAGUUGCUUGUGCUAAUUAUCCAGGCAUCAAUUAGUUGGCAUAAAGAAACUCAGUAUUUGAGCUUUGACCGUGAAACCUUGAAAUUUUGGCUUUUACUAAAUAUGAGGUCCUCAUAUCAGGCAAAUCCAGACUUUCUGUCGAUGUUUGUCUUCUUAUGGUUGCAUUGGCAUCUACUUGGGCA